CAAGGUAAUGUCGUAACCAGCCUCCUCUCUUUUGGAUCUUUCUACUACAAAAGAAGUCGUCAAUCGUCACACUGCCUGUGUAUUCCACUUCCAGCCGAUGCCCGCCAUCUCUGCUCACUUCUCUUUCGCCCCAAGCAUCAUCGCCCAUGGCUGCUACUCUCCAGUGGCGCUGCUUCCUCCUCCUAACACUCUUCAUCUCCAUUUCAUCAACACCAACCGAACAACAAACCCUUGCUCAAAUCCCAAUCAAUUUCCUCAGCUCCGCCAAAACCCCAGAGCUCGUCGAUUACAUGGUAAGCAUCAGGAGGCGAAUCCACGAGAACCCAGAACUCGGUUAUGAGGAAUUCGAAACCAGUAAGCUGGUCCGAGAAGAACUUGAUCGGCUGGGGAUUCGUUACGAGCACCCUUUCGCCGUUACAGGGAUUGUUGCCUCUAUUGGCACCGGCGGACCUCCUUUCGUCGCUCUUAGAGCUGAUAUGGAUGCUUUAGCCCUUCAGGAAGCUGUAGAAUGGGAGCACAAGAGUAAAGUUGCAGGCAAAAUGCACGCUUGUGGCCACGAUGCUCAUGUUGCUAUGCUUCUUGGUGCUGCCAAGUUGCUCCAGGAACACCAUAGUCAUGAUUUGCAGGGGACAGUUCUGUUUGUUUUCCAACCAGCUGAGGAAGGAGGUGGAGGAGCAAAGCAAAUGGUGGAAGCUGGAGUGGUUGACAGUGUAGACGCCAUCUUUGGGAUUCAUGUGAGUACCAGGUACCCAAUUGGCACAGUGGCCUCAAGAGCUGGCCCUCUUCUUGCUGGGAGUGGGUUCUUCGAAGCUGUGAUAACUGGGAAAGGAGGCCAUGCUGCCAUUCCCCACCACACCAUUGACCCCAUUCUUGCAGCUUCAAGUAUAGUCGUCAGCUUGCAGCACCUUGUUUCCCGUGAAGCUGAUCCCUUAGACUCACAGGUGACUCUAUUACCGCAUUUGCGUGUUGCUUGCUUUGUUGCUUUCAUGAUCAUCUUAAAGUGGAUACAAUUCUGCUUCAGGUGGUGACCGUUGGUAAAUUUGAAGGAGGUGGUGCGUUCAAUGUCAUUCCAGAUUCUGCCACCAUUGGAGGAACAUUUAGGGCCUUCUCCAAAGAUAGCUUUGCCCAGAUCAAGCAACGCAUCGAACAGGUUCUCGCGAUAGUUGUAGUAUCAUGAAUGGAUCAUUCUUGAUUGUUAGUUCAGUGCCCUGCCAUUGAUGUUCAUGGCUCAAUAAUUUCGGUUCUCAACAGGUUGUGACGGGGCAGGCUAAAGUCCAGAGGUGCAAUGCAACCAUUAACUUCAAUCCGAACAACAAGCAGACAUAUCCUGCUACGGUGAACGAUGCAAGUCUACACGAGUAUUUCCUUGGUAUUGCGGGAGACAUGUUGGGGACCCAGAACCUUAAAGUUAUGGAACCAUUGAUGGGUGCGGAGGACUUCUCUUUCUAUGCAGAGAAAGUUCCUGGCUGCUUUUUCUUCGUGGGAAUGCAGAGCGAAACUCGAGAACCACUUGUGGCGAGUCAUUCACCACAAUACCAAGUCAACGAAGAUGUGCUUCCAUAUGGGGCAGCCCUGCACGCCUCGCUGGCCGUCAGGUACUUGCUGGAGCAUCAGCCGGGAUCUGCAACGCCUCCUGAAGAAGUAAUAAGGCCUCACGAUGAGCUGUGAAGAGCCACAUGAAUGCUGGAUUGCUUUCUUGUUUCUUGGAGCAACGCCAUAUUUGUGCACUUCUUAGUAGAUUCACUUCACAUUUAAGUUGGAUUUUCCCUUCUCUCAUCGUGUAAUCCUAUUACCAUGGUGAAACCAAAACUUACGUUUUAGGAAAUGUAUUGAAC